AUGGACUCUGAGGGUAGUGGCGGUGAGGACCGCCAGAACGGUGCUUGUGGUGCAGGUGGUCCUGGCAACCCUGGGGGCGCGAAUGUGGCGGGAGCUGAGGACGCUACAGGCGGCGGAGCUCCCCAAGCCCAGGGGCCCUCGGUCGGCAAUGAGUCGGGUGCGAACGCGUCUUCCGGGGAAGGGGCGUCCGAGUCCACAAUUUUGGAGUUUUCCAUGAUGGUGCCUUUCCUGUACUACGUGGAGGUGGUUAUCGCCCGCAUUUCCCUGGGCCCCGUGGCUGCGCCCUACGGAGUGGCGGUCUACGAGGAGAUCAGGGUGAUCGGCAGUGACCUGGCUGUCCGCCUGAUUGCCAACGAUUCCAACCAGCUCCAGAUCGCCAUCGCCUCCCUGGUCAACCAGCUCUACGUGGUGGUGUGGAUCAUGCAGCGCUUCCGGAUCCUGUUCUCUACCAAGCCGCGGCCCGGGAAUGGCGGCUGA